UUCGAAAGAUGCUUUUGUCGAUGUCGAGUUUGACGUAAAACAACUUCAAUUUGCUCCAAUUUCGUUGAUUCGUCGUAGUGGUUUUUAUUGUAAUUUCUUUAUAUGAGUGACAUAAGUGGCACCUGUAACUUGUUGCAAGGGUUGUUAUCUUACGUUCGCGUGUCCAGAGUUUGCUUCUGAGACGGUGUUCGCAGUCAAUCUGUAUGCAACUUCUACGCGUCGCCUCGACUAUGUCUUACCAAGGAUCACCAUAUUCGGGCCCGGGCGAUGAGUACGACUUCGAAGACGACGGGUACGACGACCUGGACGAAUACAGGGAGCAGGAGGAUGCAAUACCACCGCCACCAGUGGACGAUAGUGACGAAGAUACAGAGGAAGCUAGUGAGACAGACAUACCCAACAAUGAUGAACCUCUGGAGAAUAAAGAACAAAUGUAUCAAGACAAGUUAGCGAGCCUGAAGAAACAGUUGCAACAGCUAGAGGACGGAGUUCACCCGGAGUACACGCGCCGCGUCAAGAGACUGGAACACCAGCUGCAUGAGAGACUCAGGCUCAACAAGAUAUACAAAGACCAUGUAUACGAUGUGGUAGAAAGAGAAUACAUAGCAGAUAAGAAAGCAGCCGCGAAAGAGUUUGAAGAGAAGAAAAUAGAGUUACGGGAGAACUUGCUCAACGACUUUGAGGAUAAGAGGAAAAUGAUAGAGAAUGAGAGGCACAGUAUGGAGCUGAAUGGGGACUCUACAGAGGUGAAGCCAGUAAUGAAACGCAUCCUCCGAAGGCGUGCCAACGAGCCCGCGCCGGCGCCCGAGAAGCGGCGCAAGCCCGCGACCACGCUAACAUUUCAGCUGGAGACGCGCGACAUCGACGCCGACCUGCGCGCCAUCGCGCGACACUCCCCGCCGCCCGCGCCGCCCCGCCACACCCAGCCCAGGAAACACGUCAACUCCAACUGCGAAUCUCCAGUUCGAGAGAAUAACGACUCGCACGACACUCGCGUGGAGGACGGCAAGCUGUUGUUCGAGCGGCGGUGGUUCCACCGCGGGCAGAGCGUGUACGUGGAGGGGCGGGACAUGCCGCGCUUCCCCGGACACAUACACGCCAUCACCGACGAGGCGAUAUGGGUGAAAAAGACGACGAAUCUAGAGCGUAUCAGGAUAUACGUGUCUCAGCUCGCGCGGGGGAAAGUGACGAUAAAACGGCGCGCGUCAUAAGUGCGACAGUGACGGACGCUAGUGCGCUAGUGUGGUUCGGUCCUAACUCGCCGGUCCGUUGACAAGUACUUUGUUAAAAUAAUUCCUCCCGUAGUCUUUAG